AAGGUGGGCCAGCUGUGGACAAGGGUGCUGUCACAGGGUCACCGAAGACAUGCGUCUCUGCCACUAGACAAAUCCAAUUGCCGAGGCUUCUCUUCGUGUGAAGCAGCUGGGUAGAAAAUGGCUGCCAUCAGUGUAUUAAUGGUACUCCUGCCUGUUGUGUGGGCCUGUUCUCCACAGAAAGCAGAUUACGUUAUGAUCUCCUGUUUUCCCAACACCAUUAUCGCCAACGUGCCCGAGUGUCCGUACGGCUGGGAGGUAGAACAUCUGUCUCUAGGGGGGGUGUGCUACAGCGGCGUCAACAUUCUGGGGUAUUACCGCUUCACCAUUCCUGACCUGACCCCCAAAAACCACUCCUACUGCGGGACAUUGUCAGAGUACAUGGGGGGUAAGGACCCCAAAUACGUGUUCUAUAACUCAAUAGUGUCCAACGACACUUCCCUGACAGUCAGGAACCAGCCUGUCAACUACACCUUCAGCUGCACGUAUCGAGCUGCGUACUUGGUGAACAACGCUGUGUUCAGUCAAAGUGUUUUUAUUGACACUUUUGCUUUUUCCAGAGUGGCAACAGUUUAUGUCAACAACGGAAGUAUAGGCACAUUUAAAUCUCAGUUAUCUAUGAACGUGUUCACCAAUUCUAAGUUCCUGUACGCUAAGGACGCUCCCUUUGUGAUCGACACAUCAGAGAUUGGCUCUGAGGUUUUUAUUGGGAUUGAAGCAAAGGGACUGAGCAACAGAUUCAAAGUUGUGAUUACCAAUUGCUGGGCCACACCUUCACCCUAUUCCACUGACAGGAAGCGCUGGAGUCUCAUCAUCAACAGCUGUUCGGCAGAUAAAACGGUCACCAUCUUCGAGAACGCCAAAGACAGCAAGUCCAUGUUCAAGUUCCAUUCCUUCCGUUUUCAACGUCUGGAGAAGGUGUCAACGGUCUGGCUUCACUGCGAGGUGCACGUGUGCGACAGUGAAAAACUCUACUGCCUACCGGCUCCGUGCAGUUCAAGACAUUCAACAUUAGAAUCAGACACCAGUGGUGGCGUCCUGACCAUGGAGUUUCAAAUUAAAGCUGAGGGCUCCUCCAGUCACAGACACCAUGCAGGUACCUGGCUGUGUUUGCUGAGUUUAUUCCUGGUGAAUACCUUAUUGGGGUGUCUUCACUUACCAAACGUAUAAGGAAGACCUGCUUACACCUGGACAGCACAUCCGGACACCUCACUUGCUCAUCACACCUGUAUGUGUGGAAAACUGCUCAUCAGACUGGGACAGCCAACCUGCUCAUCUCAUUCUUUCUCUUUCACAUAGAAAAGAUAAAAGGUCUGCAGGUGUAUCAUAUAGCCAUGUAAGUUGUGGGAACUAUGACACACAGAGACAUAUAAACAGAGAGAGUGUGAGAGAGAGAGAGAGAGAGAGAGAGAG